AUGCUGCCCAGGAGGCGCCUAACAUGGAUGUGGGGACUGGAGGGCCCCCCACUUGCUUCCGUUACCCUAAUGCUGCUUCUUGGUGUCUUUUGGCUGCUGGGGGUUUGCGAGAAUCUGUCCUUAGCGCCAGCCCUGCUGUUUAGACGCUUCCAAGUGUAUCGCCUGGCAACCUACUGCCUGUGCCACACGGACCCCUCCCUCCUGCUCCUCAACUUGCUGCUCUUCCCUGUGCUGGGCUGGCGCCAGGAGCGGCACCAGGGCACCCUUCGCUACCUCCACGCCUCCCUGCUCAGCGCGGUAAUCUCGGCUCUGCUCUACCUCGUCCUGGCUGGGCUCUGGGUGCCUCCCCCUGAUGCUGCCAGCGGCUACACUCCAGUCCACCUGGCCAUGCUGGGGCGCCAUCUGGUACUGAGGAGCAGGGCUGGGGCCUUGGGGCAGGUUCGUGCUGUGGCCCUGCCCUGGCUGCUCCUCGCGUUCAGCCAGCUUCUCUCCCCCGGGUGCCCCUUCCUCCUCCACCUGAGUGGUGCGCUCACAGGGCUGGCCUAUUGGUCCAGGGUCUUGUCGUGGCUGGAGCUGUCGGAGAGACGCCUGGAAGUGCUAGAUGAUGGGGCCGUCUGCAGGACGCUGGCGAGAAGUGGCUUUGUCCGCUUUAUCUUGUGCCCAAGAGGAGGAAUCCUUCCCACUAGCCAUGCGGCCAGCACCAGGGGCAGGUCUCCAGGACACUCUGCCCCCCCAGCCCAGCAGUGCUUCUCGGGGGGCCUUUCAGACCAGUCCUUAGCCGUGGCACCUGCCUCUCCCUGGGCUGCUGAAAGACCUGGGUGCUGGCAGAGCUCUGGGAUGGCAUACCCGUCCGUCCCUCUGGCUUGCUUCCCAGAUCUCCAUGGGGGCCCUGCCCCCCCGCCCCCAUGGGACAGCCCCAGCCUGCACUCUGGGGCAUCACUCUUGGGCCUGGGAGAGGUCCUGCUGGAUGAGCAGCUGCUGCUGGCCGGGAUCCAGGCCUCCCUGAGGGACGCCAGCCUGGAGGCUGCCGUGGGUGGAGUGCAGCUUUCCAAAUCCUCUGUCUCCUCUCUGCGACUGCAGCAACUGGAGAGGAUGGGCUUCCCCACGGAGCAGGCGGUGGUGGCACUGGCAGCUACGGGCCGAGUGGAGCGGGCCGUCUCGCUGCUGAUUGGAGGCCAGGUUGGGGACGAGGCUGUGGUGACGUUGGAGAGCAGGCCAGCCUGCCGUGAGCAUCUGCUUCCCACAGAGCAAGCCGUACCGUGCUUUCCCACCACAGAAUAA